AUGGAGUUAGAUUGGCAAAAUGGUUUUCAGCAAAUAAAAGAGCGAGGACUUUACUUGCUGCAGUCCGAGAAGUGGUCUGAUUGUAAAUUUCUUGUUGGGGCUGCCCCAAAUCAACGCAUUCUUUGUGGACAUAAACUAAUUUUAGCCAUGUCCUCACCUGUUUUUGAAAGGAUGUUUUAUGGUAAUCUUCCGGAUGAGAGUGAUCCUAUUUUAAUACCUGAUGUUCAACCCGAUGCCUUUCAAGCUAUGUUAGAGUAUAUAUAUUCAGAUCGCAUCAGCAUAAGCUCCUUUGAUAAGGCCUGUGAGUUGUGUUAUGUUGCAAAGAAGUAUAUGCUGCCUUAUGUAGUAGAGCAAUGCACCCAUUUUCUCUGGGCAGAUUUAAGUCCCAAAAAUGCUUGCCGUGCAUAUGAAUUUGCUAAAUUAUUUGAUGAACCACGUUUAAUGCAGAGUAGUAUGAGUAUUAUAGCAGCAAAUACACGCGAUGUGCUGGCUGAUCCCAGUUUUGUUGAUAUAGAAAUCUCAACAUUAAUGGCUAUUCUUGAUCAAGACCGUUUGAAUAUUACGUCUGAGUUGGAACUUUUUAAUGCUUUAGUAAAAUAUGCUUCUGAGCGCGCACUUUUUGUUGAAAACGAAAUUAUGCCUAUGACGCCAUCCUCAUCAUUAGAUAAGGGAUCACUGCAACACUCUUUUGAUGUAGACAAUAACACAUCCGAAGUUGUAGAGAUUAAAAUGGAGCCAGACGACUCCAGCCUUGUUCAUAGUCGCCAAGAAAACUCUGAUACUUCUCAUUUAGUGGAAGACGUGGUUGUCGUAGAAAAUGAUACUUCCACUACGUAUGAAGAAAAAAAUGGACAUAAUAAUCCGUCAUCGACAGAAAUAAGCAUGAUUGCCUCAUUUUCUUGUUCAAAUAAUGAAAUUGACGAAGCUCUUAUACGUCAAGCUGUUCAGAAGAUACGUUUUCUUACACUCACACCUCAGCAAUUUGCAGAAGGUCCUGCGCGGUCUAAGCUGCUCAAACAGAAUGAAGCUCUAGCAAUUCUUAUUAAAAUUUCAAGUCCAACUAUUAAUGACUGCCCCAUGCCCGAAGGUUUCUGCAGCUCGAGAACAAGUCGGGAAUAUUAUGAAUCGCGAAGCCAACGAGAUUUACCAUCAUACCAUCGGCCCACCCCAUCAAAUGGUCCGGCAGUAUUUGCUCCAUUUGAAACUUUCGCGGGGAAUACAACUUCUAUUGUAACAACUACUCCGCAGGCAUCUUCGAAUAACGUAAGUACUUUCCAAGGUGGUAGUGACUCUGAUUUAACUACAAACGACACUCGACGUUCAUACUGUGUUCGUACGCUAAACCAGCAAUUUGACUAUAGAAAUACCAGUGUUACUGAUUGCGGACUAACAUUUCAAGUGGAUAGUAAUAUAUGGAUAACAGGAGUGCAAGUACCGACUCAGGUUCUCUGUGGAGAGCUUAUGAAUUCGGCCGGUUUUUCCGAGAGAUAUACAGAAAUUCUCUACGCACAUAUUCAAGAUAUCCAAGGAUCAAGACUUACGUACACACAUUGUACAUCACGUGUUAGAUAUGAUUCAUUGCUGGAAAUAACGUUUGAUCGCCCAGUUUAUGUUUAUCGAAAUUUAAUAUAUAAGGUGUAUGUAGUUUUCAACAAAGUUGGUUGGUAUCCAAUGUACACUUGCGUACCAGAUGUUGUUUGUAACAGGGUAAAAUUUAUGUUCAAUGUAGGCAAUCCAAGUGAAUCAGUUAGAGACGGACUAAUCCGAGCAAUAGUUUUUUCUACACCUCAAGAACAGUCCAGAUGUGUUAUGGAAUAAGUUUUUUCGUUUUAACAAUAUUAAUUUAUAUUAUUUAAUUUUUAUUACAGUUUUUGCAUACAUAUUUACAUUUAAGUAUACAUACAAUAUAUACACCUUUUUAAUUACCUUAACUUAAAGUAAGGAAUGUAUAACAAACAAGCAAAAUGUAUACAUAUGUAUAUGCACGCCUUCUAUAAAAGUAAAAAAUAGAGGUCACGUUUAGCCCGAGGUAAAGUCCAACUAGUUUUAGUAUAGCACACUGCGUUCAGUUUGGUCCAGAUUAAAAAUUAAAAUAAUAAGUAAUGAGCAAAAGUCAAGGAGAGGUAAGCACAUAUGUACGUGUAUUAAUGAAUUAAUAUUUGUGUCAACACGUAUAAACAAGCAAUAUUUAAUGCACAUGCAUAUAUAUAUAUGUAUAUGUGAUGCAUAUAAAUUAUGCUUUUACAGUAAUUGAAACUAGAUCUGCUAGUUUCCAAUUGAUAAAAUAAAAGAAGAAGAAAUUUUAAAGUAAAGUACAUUUACUAAAAAAGGUUAAUAUGGUAUUAAUCGAAUGUUAAAUUUAUGAAUUUUAGUUAAGUAAUUAAAAAAACAAAAAAUACUAUGUAUUUUAUUAAAGAUGGCGUUGUACGUUCGAGGGCCUGCGGUCUUAGACCUCCGUCUACGAACACGCACAGGAUCAUAACCCUUAGUCAGUAGAAUUCUCUUUCUAUGUUUCGAUAGAAAUAAGGGCGUUAAAGAUAAAUAUUUUUCACAUGUCGGCAUUUUGGUUUGUCGCUAUUUUGAUUUAGCUGCAUAUUUAAAUUUUGUCGGUAUUUUGAUGUGUCUGCAAUUUGAGCUUCGGUAUUUUAAGUCUAUCCCGUAGCGGGUGUAUAACGUAAUGCCGACAAUCAAAAUCUCGAAAUUUAUAAUUCCAACAAUCGAAAUGCCGACAAAUCAAAACGCCGACAAAUUAAAACACCGAAAAAUCAAAAAAGCGACAAACUAAAAUGCUGGCAAUUCGAAAUACGGACAGAAGAAAUUUUUAUAAAAUAAAUGGUUAAUAUGGUUCCUAGAUCUCAAAGAAAAAAACGGCUGUAUAAUGAAAUGCCGACAAUCAAAAUCACGAAUUUUAGAAUCCCGAAAAUCAAAAUACCGACAAAUCAAAACACCUACAACUCACAAUACCGACAAAUGAAGAAAAGGUGGCGUUGCUCGUUCGAGGCCCUGCUGCCUUCGGCCUCCGGCCACGAACACGUUCAGGAUCAUAACCCUUAGUCAGCAGAAUUCUCUUUCUGUUCUUCGAUAGAAAUAAGGGAUGACAAGAUAAUACGUAAGAUAUUGUACGUUCGAGGUGUGUACUUAGUUCUUUCGCGUUGAACUCAUUUUUGAAAUGGCGGCCUUCGGCUGCGUUUCAAAAAAAUUACCCUGGUCGGACCAAGAAAUGGGUGUGAUCAGUUCUUUCGCGUUUAACCCCUUUUUGCAAUCGGCUGCGUUUCAAAAAAAUAACCCUGGUCGGACCAACACCUGGACGUGAUCAGUUCUUUCGUGUUGAACUCGGCUGCGUUUCAAAAAAAUUACCUUGGUUGGACCAAGACUUGUGCGUGAUCAGUUCUUUCGUGUUGAACUCCUUUUUGCGAUGGCGGCCUUCGGCUGGGUUUCAAAAAAAUAACUCUGGUCGGAUCAGCAUCUGGACGUGAUCAGUUCUUUCGCGUUGAACUCCUGUUUGCGUCUCAAAAAAAUAACCCUGGUCGGACCAACACCUGAGCGUUAUCAGUUUUUUCACGUUGAACUCCUUUUCGGGUUGGCGGCCUUUCGCCGCUCUGCAGAAAAAUAAGUCCUCGGCUAUACAACUUGAGUUUGCAAAUAUUUUUCAAAAAUAUUUUUAUGGAGUCUGUAUGAUUUCGUUAUUUUGAUUUGUCGGUAUUUUGAUAUGUCUGCAUUUUGAAUUUCGGUAUUUUAAGUGUAUCCCAUAAAGGGUGUAUAAUGAAAUGCCGACAAUCAAAAUCUCGAAUUUUAGAAUCCCGACAAUCAAAAUACUGACAAAUUAAAACAUCGACAAAUCAAAAUACCGACAAAUCAAAACACAGACAAAUCACAAUACCGACAAAUCAAGAAAAAGUGGCGUUGUUCGUUCGAGGCCCUGCAGCCUUCGGCCUCCGUCCACGAACAAGCUCAGGAUCAUAACCUUUCGUCAACAGAAUUCUCUUUCUGUUCUUCGAUAGAAAUAAAGGCAGACAAGAUAAAAUAUUUUUCACAUGUCAGCAUUUGGGUUUGUUGGUGUUUGAUUUGUCGAUAUUUUGAUUUAGCUGCAUAUUUAAAUUUUGUCGGUAUUUUGAUGCGUCGGCAUUUUGAACUUCGGUAUUUUAAUGGGCCGUCAUUUUGAGCUUUUGUAUUUUAAGUGUACCCCAUUUCUUGCGUAUUCUUAUAAUUUUUCAAGGCUUUACCUGUGUUUUUAGUUGUAGCCGCAGAAAGCAUCAUUGCUUAAUUUGUUUUGAGGAAUAUAGAUACUUUAUUUUCAUAAUUUAAUA